AACAUCCAGCCGACCGCUGGAAGCUAGACUGGAGUGGGCCAUUGAUUGGUGAAAACUAAGAGCAUAAGAGUUGGUACGCUACGGACACACAGCUCAGUGCUUUACGUGUGAGCGGAUAGGAAGGAUAGACGUUUGUUGUUGUUGUUUGUUGACUUUUGGCGGCCACACAGACCGAUCUUGCUCCGAGGCGCCACAUUCACUGGGCAUCUAUACAGCAUUUUUACUGGAAACUUUUUACAAGCAUCAAUCAUGUUGACGGAAAAGUCCUCAGAAGUUUGUCCGCGAGUCUCCGGCACGCACAUGUUCAGCGUGGACAACAUCCUUAGUGGACGGAUACGCUGCGAUAAGGAUAUGGCCGUUCAGUACAAAACAUCGCUCCCUCCUGACCAGUUUGCCCAGGAGCCUGAAGUAAUAGGCGCAACUACUCGAAACUUCCAAGUUAAAUUGGAAGCCAAUGGAUCCAGCAAAUCCACUUCAUGCAAGAGAAAAAUCCAGAAAGUUUAUCCACUUCACUCUGAGACGGCAGAUUACCAUACGAGCGCAGCCGGUAGAUGUUCGCAGCCCCCAACCAUUUUUCCUCAUUCGGCUGAAGCGACGUUACACAAUGGGAAGAUGGACGAGCCUGUUGGUGAUGGAGCCUAUUAUUGUGGUACCGAACCGUCCCCACAUUCCCCACCUUCCCCAUUCUACGAUUCGGGCGUGAGUGAUUCAGAUUCACCUUCCUGUCAAGACCCUAAAUGUCUUGAGCCUGCUUUGGGAUUCGCAGCUGCAGGCACGGAGUCGAGAGAGGCGUGCGACAUGGGAGAGUUCAUCGUGGUAGACACGUUGAGUGAGGAUGAAACAGGCAAGCCCGAUGGAGAAUUGGGACCGGAGAAGAAACGCAAAAAGAAACGGCGAGUUCUUUUUAGUAAACAGCAAACGCGGGAACUCGAACGACGAUUCUUUUGCUCCUACUACAUCUCGCCCCAGGAGCGAGAUGCUCUCGCUAAGGAACUUCAAAUGGACCCUGAUCAGGUGAAAAUCUGGUUCCAGAACCACCGCUACAAGAUGAAGAAGCUCCAGAAGGAGAACGGUGACAGAGGGUUUACAAUGCCGAUUCCACACAUCCGUGGUGGUCCUUACCCGACCCUGAUCCGCGAUAUGAGAAGACCUGAGCUCAUCAAAGAUGGUCUGUACUAUGACGCCGCCAAGGAACAUGCAUUAGGGGACUACAUCAGAGACACGAGGUUGUUCGACGCAGCUAAGACUCUCAACCCUGCAUUUUUUUCAGCCCCUGGGCACCCGAAACAUGUAGUGUCGCUGAACAGAAUCAUGCCGGCAUACUCUGCCCCUGUAAUGCCACUUGCCCACACCUACCCAUACGAUAUCUCUUUUCAAAAUUACUAUCUUAAUCCUAGCGCACCUUUACUAGGGCAAGGUCAGAACCCUCUAGCUAGAGUUCCCAUCAACCCACCGCUGCCUGGUUUGACCCACUCAUUACCUAGUGUGCCUCAACAUCCUAUAUUUGCCAAUUCUUUACAUUUCGUGUAUUAAAAAGCAAGACUUCUCAUAAAUGUAUAUUGAAAUUUAAGGGAGAAUAAUUGCCGUUACGGUUAGAGUUUUUGACGAAUUCUUUCAACAACGAACCCUUGAGGGUUUUUGACUUACAACCAAGCAUGUAAAUGCAUGUAUGUAUCCCCUAACUCCACGACAUCAGUUAUAUAUACCGACUACCCAUGUCUACGUAUUGAUUAAAAAUGAAUACUAAUCCAUCCCACAGAGGAUCAAAUUAAAUGUUUAUAAGUCCGUCAGAUCCAAAUGCUGCUUGCUCUCAUUUUCUUUAUAGAAUUUGUGUUCCCAAUUGAAACGGUAUCGCGUGCAAGAGUGUACCGCCUAAAUGGGUUUCUGAAGCAUUAGAACGGCUUGUAAUUAAUUUACUUCCACUGCAUUUAAGGACCUUUUUCGUUUUCAUGUAAACAUUAUUUUGUUGAAAUAUUAAAAAAUAAAAUUGGCAUAUAUGUGAAUUGCUAAUCAUGUUCUUCUUCUGUUGCAAAAUCCAACGGGAUGAUAGUGAAAAUACAAUUGCAUAUUCAGUCCCAAAUAAAAUUAACAUUUAAAUUUCUACCUCGCGGUUCUUUGUGAAUUUGAUUUUUUAAAUUUUAAGAUCGAUUUUCAUAAAAUGCUGCAAUUCAAGUGAUGAACAGAUAACGUGUGUGCUUUGAAUAUAAUCAUACUUCGGUAACACACGAAACUUGGUGCCUUUUUAACACAUUUCAAAAUAUUUACCUCUGACUUUCUAUAAAAUUUGAAAUAGGUUUAAGGAACUAAUGUACUCAUCGGAAAAGCGGUCCAAAAUUAGCAAAUAUUUUGCGAUGUUAUCAAAAGUAAUGCGCUGUACAUUAAUGCAUUCAGGCUUUGUAUUUUCUUGAAAAAUGUGUGUAAAUAUUAAUAAGCUGUUGUAUAAUGUUGACGUGUUUGAACUGUAUCAUACAUACUAAGCACUUAAAUACUUAGGAUAAUUUUGAUGUAUCAUGAACUAAGAUGGGGUGGAUAGAAGUGUUAACGUGAAAAAGUGUCGUCGAGAAUUGAAAACUACUGUUAAGUUUUGCCAAAGUUUAGUAGUUUUAGCGCCGACGAUGAGUUAGGCUUGAAAGUGGCGAAUGGAAUUUGAGUUGAUUUUUCAAGCAAGUAAAUCAUCCGAAACUU